AUCAUCUUCCACAAUGAUGAUAUCAUUACAGAUCUAAAUAUAUAAGCUUACAGUACAGUGAGACUCUUGUAUCAGUGGCAACAAAUAACACCGAGGACAAACAAGAACAAACGUAGAGACAGAGAGGUUGUGUACUCCAAAUAGGAGCAGCACAGCAUUUGCAGAGUGCAGACUGCAGCUUUCCUUUUACGGUACAGUUACUUGCUGUGGGUGGCUCUGACGCACGACGGCGACCCAAUCCCCAACUGCCAUUUUCUUGCCAUUCUCGGCAACUCGGUAGCUCAGCUCGCUUCACUAUAAAAGUUCUCUCUCCUCCCCUUGGCGCCGCGCCGCAACACUGCAGCGCGACCGAGCGGGAGCGAGGAAAGGAGGCUCGUCGGAUCUCGCCGCGGGCCGGCCGCCGAUGGAGCUCGACGACGCGGCUGCUCGCCACGGAUUCGGCAAGAUGGGGUUCGGAUGCAAGCACUACCGGAGGAGGUGCAGGAUCCGGGCGCCCUGCUGCAACGACGUCUUCCACUGCCGCCAUUGCCACAACGAGUCCACGAAAGACGGCCACGAGCUCGAUCGCCACGCGGUUGAAUCGGUCAUCUGUCUCGUCUGCGACACCGAGCAGCCGGUUGCGCAGGUUUGCUGCAACUGCGGCGUCUGCAUGGGGGAGUACUUCUGCAGGGAGUGCAAAUUCCUCGACGACGAUGUUGACAGGGAGCACUUCCAUUGCAAAGAUUGCGGCAUCUGCAGAGUUGGAGGGCAGGAGAACUUCUUCCAUUGCGAAAAAUGUGGAUCGUGCUACUCGGUUAGCCUGCGGGAUAAGCAUUGCUGCAUCGAGAACUCGAUGAAGAACAACUGCCCCAUCUGUUACGAGUAUCUGUUCGAUUCUCUAAGGGAGACGUCUGUCCUCAGAUGUGGGCACACGAUGCACUUGCAAUGCUUCCAUGAGAUGUUGAAGCACGACAAGUUCUCUUGUCCUAUAUGUUCGAUGCCUAUCUUUGACAUGGACAAGUUCUUGAGGGCUUUGGAUGCCGAGAUUGAGGCAAAUAUGCUGCACAUAGAUUACAUGGGAAAGGGAUGGAUCGUGUGCAACGACUGCAGGGACACGACGCAGGUGUACUCGAGGGUGGCAGGCCACAAGUGCUGCCAUUGCCAGUCUCGCAACACCUGCAGGGUGGCUGCCCCGGUGCUCCCUGCUUAAUUGUUUUUUUUUUUUUAGUUUAGCUGCAGAUACUUACUGUCACUACAGCAGCAGCAUACUCAUGUACUCCCUCCGUCCAAAAAAAAAAAAAAAUCAAAAUCUGUGGAUUAGUAUGAAUAUCUUGUCGUCUAUAGAAAUUAGUUUUUUUUUUCUGGACGGAGAGUAUACUACUAUUCUGUAGUGGCUGGCUCUUAUUAUUACUAGCCAAGUGUAUUUCAGUCCAACAUGAACUGCAGGGAUGAAAUCUUUGUACGCGAAUGACACGUUUUAUCUUC